AUGCUGCUUCCGAGUACUCGCCGCGAUAUUCACCUCGUGAACGAGUUUCUGGCUGAAGCAAAAUUUACAGCAAGCAUGGAGCACCCUCGAAUUGUAGCGUGCAUUGGCGUCGCGUGGGAUUCUCUCUCUGAUUUGUGUGUGGUUCUGGAGUUCAUGGAAGGCGGUGAUCUGCGUACACUACUCGAGAGCUACGAGAAAUCAAGUCACCCGGUCGGAUUUGACCGUGAAAAAGUGACUAUCGCAUUGCACGUGUGUCAUGCACUUACAUACUUGCAUUCCUUGGAGCCUCCGGUGAUCCAUCCCAAAUUAACAGAUUUUGGGAUUUCAAGAGAACGACUUGAACGGACAAUGACGGCUGGGGUGGGGACAUCGCUGUGGAUGGCUCCUGAGGUGAUGACCGGCGAGAAAUACGAUGACAAGGCCGACAUAUUCUCGUUUGGAGUUGUGUUGAGCGAGCUGGACACCCACACUUUACCGUACGCUCAGGCCAGACAGGAGAUGCAGAACUCGCAUGGACGGCAAAUGACGGACGCCACUCUACUGCAAAAGUCCAUGGCGGAUCUUGGCUACAGCUGCGUGUCCGUCGAUCCGACCAUGAGGCCAAGUGCCGCCGAGGGUCUUUUCAAGCUUCAGGUUCUCAUGUCAAAGGAGCUAGUGGACAAACGCUACAGUGCCACGUAG